AUGUUUGCACCCUUCGCAAGGCGAGCAGCCGCGGGCGCUGUGGUUCUGGCAAUGCUCGCCUUGGAAGUGCGGUUUGCUGCGGGGACUUCAAGGAUCGAGGGUGUGGUGAAUCCGGGCUUGACAGGCGGGAGGAGGCUGCUUCAGGACGGCCUUAUGCCGUGGGCCAUGCGCGUGGCGACAUGCGAGCAGCUGCGCGAGGCGCUGCAGUGGGAGGGCCUGCCGAGGAUCAUCGUCAUGGCCCCGAUCGCCUGCACCGCGGCCGAGUGGCCUGACCCCGUUGUGGUGUCCUGGGACGUUGAGAUAAUGGGGGCAUCUGGCUGGAAAAGAAACCCUUGGCGGGGAACGGAGCACAUGGCGUCUAUCGAGUGGUCGGGGGUGCGGACGGCCGUGGUGGCCACGGGGGGCGCGGAGCUGAAAAUCCACAGCCUGGUGCUGCACCAGGACCAGCUCAGGCUGGACAUCCCGGAGUUCAAGUUGACGGAGGCCAGCGCGGUGUACUCGGGACUUGCCGUUUCGGCGUCUUCUUGCGGGGACGAGUUGGAAAUGUACAUUGACACCGUGGAGGGGUGGGAGCGCCCGGAGGGGGUGGACGGCAGCCAGAGGGCCCGGGCGACGGGCCCGUGGUCGCUGCUGGUGGAGGACGCCGCCAAGUACGGCAGCAACCUGAGGAGCAGCACGGUGCGCGUUUGUGAGUCUGCGUUCGAGUGCGGCGUCAGCGACGAAAAGAUCCAGGAGGUGCUGCGGAGCGACAUGGUGAGGGACGUCUGCCUGAGCAUCAACGUGAGGGGCUAG